UAUCCUGACGGCAGGAUAACCAACCCCCAACAAAUUAGUGAAGUGUGUUCCGUUUAGGUCAUAUCAGCAGCAGUAUAACGCGAGUGAUAAACAAUUCGAUAAACAAUUUGCCCCAUAAAAAACAAUCAAAAAAGUGCCAGACUUGCCACUUUCCACUUGCCACUGCCGGGUUUUGUGGGCGUCGGGAAACUGUUUCGGAGUCGAAUCUGAUUGGAGACGAAGGAGCACUGAAGGAGAGAAGCAGAGCAGAAAGCUGUUGUGACAUUUUUUUGGCAAAGCAAAACGCAAUGGCGCCAAAGAUGCCGCCAUUUUCGCAGCUCGACAAAAUGGCGACAAGGACAUCCAGUUGGCUCUGCCGCCUGCUGCUCGUCAGCCUCUGCAUUGGCGCCGCUGCCGCACGAGACAUUCCAUCUUCAUCAAUCCGUGCGAAUUCGCUGGCCCAAAGCGUGGACGUGGCCUUCUACUGUCCGGGCGAGGGACUGUUUGCCGACGACUACGACUGCCGCAUCUACUACCGCUGCGAGCAGCGCACGGAGCAGUACAUCCGGCCGUAUAUGCUCGCCUGUAAGGAGAACACCGUCUUCUCGCGCACCCUUCGUAUGUGCCUGCCCCCCACGAUGGCCGGGCGGGACGAGUGCGUCGACCAGAUGAACGAGAUUGACGGCAGCAUGGGGGGUCUGGGUGACGGCUCUGAUGGGUAUGAUGGACUCGUCAAUGAUGGCCAGAAUGAUGGUGACCAUAAUGCGCUGCUUAACGGUGCCGUCACACCCGCCGCCAAUGAGCUGCGCACCUAUGCGACGGCAAAUCAGCUGCCCACAAAUUACGGCCUGACAGGACUCAAUGGAGUUUCAGUCAUAUCCUUCUCGAGCUCCAGCUCAUCAACCUUACGCGCCGCGGUGUCCGGGGAGGAGGAUGCCGAUGAGGUGGCGUGCCGGGAUGAUGGAUUUAUGAGUGAUCCCAGUGACUGCACCGUGUUUUAUCGCUGCAUCUCGAAUGGAAGGGGCUACAAUAAAAUCGGCUUUCGCUGCUCGGACGGCACAGCCUGGGACGAAUCGCUGCAGUCGUGCAACCAUAUGUUUGAUGUACGUGCUAAUGGCGGCUGCCGCAAUCAGGCCCAGACUGAGCCUCAGAGCGAUGGCUAUUAUGCAGGCCAAACAUCAACACAGUCAUCAGAGUCCAGCAGCAGCCAUCAGAACUCCACGUCCAGCAGCACUCAGCAGUCCAGCUCCAGCUCCAGCUCGACAUCGUCCAGCAGCUCAUCAACGCAAAGUUCAUCCACAUCAAGCUCCAGCUCAGGCUCGAACCAGGAGACGUCCACGUCGAGCAGCGGGACAACCAACAACCAGCAAUCGAGCACGGGCUCCUCCUCGAAUCAAAACCAAUCCAACGGAAGCUCUAGCAACAGCCAGAACCAAAGCUCAGGCAGCAGCCAAAGCUCAGGAAACAACAGUAAUCAAAGCUCUGGCAGUAAUCAAAGUUCUGGCAGUAAUCAAAGUUCUGGCAGCAAUCAAAGCUCAAACAAUAAUCAAAGCUCAAACAAUAAUCAAAGUUCUGGCAGCAAUCAAAGUUCUGGCAGCAAUCAAAGCUCAGGAAACAACAGCACUCAAUCCUCUGGCAAUAAUCAAAGUUCUGGCAGCAAUCAGAGCUCUUCCAGUGGUAACCAGUCCAGUGGCUCAGCCAGCACACCCGCACCAACUGAAUGUGAGGAUGAAAAUACCUACAUACCGGACACAAAAGAUUGCGCCAAGUUCUACAGAUGUCGCCUAGAUGGCAAUGGCAGACUGGAGCAGGUGCCAUUCACCUGCGGACCGGGCACCGUAUGGAACCAGCAGGAGAAGGUCUGCGAUCUGCCCAACGAAGACCAAAAGCAGAAAUGUAAUAUACAAACGGGAUCCAACAGUGGCCAACAAGCCAGUGGCAACAAUUCCACAUCCAGCGGCAAUCAAUCGGCGAGCAAUUCCAGCUCCUCCUCCUCCUCCUCCUCCUCCUCCUCUAGCAAUAAUAAUCAAUCAGGCAGCAGCAGCCAGGAGAGCACUACCGCGUCAGGCAGCAGUCAGCAAUCCUCCAGCAAUCAAGGCUCAUCCAGCAACCAGUCGUCCAGCCAAGGCAGCAAUCAAGGCUCAUCCAGCAAUCAAUCAGCCAAUCAGGGCUCAUCCAACAAUCAAUCAGCCAAUCAGGGCUCAUCCAGCAACCAAUCUGCCAAUCAAGGCUCAUCAAGCAAUCAAGGAUCAUCAAGCUCCUCGUCAAGCUCUAACAAUCAGCAGAGCUCGACUGCAUCCUCCACUGCCAGCAAUGGAACAUCCACAAGCACUGAAAGUUCCAGCACCCAAGCAACUUCGACAUCGAAGCCAUCGAAUCCUGACGGUGAGUGCAAGGAUACGGAAACAUAUUUGGCUGACAAAACGGAUUGUGCCCGAUUCUAUCGCUGUGUAGAGAAUGGCAAGGGUGGAUUCGACACGGUGCCCUUUGACUGUUCCCCAGGAACGGUUUGGGAUCCCGACACCAAGGGCUGCAACCAUCCAACGGAUGUGCAGAAGGAGCAAUGCAGGGCUAUGGCAAGUGGCAGUGGAAGUUCAUCCAAUCAGGGAUCAAGCAGCCAGGGCUCCUCGAACCAGGGGUCAUCCUCUAACCAAGAAUCAUCUUCGUCUUCCAACCAAGGAUCGUCGUCUUCUAACCAGGGAUCUUCGUCUGGUAGUCAAGGAUCAUCUUCUUCUUCGUCUGGUAAUCAAGGAUCAUCUUCUUCUUCGUCUGGUAAUCAAGGAUCAUCUUCUUCUUCGUCUGGUAAUCAAGGAUCAUCUUCUUCUUCGUCUGGUAAUCAAGGAUCAUCUACUUCCAACCAAGGAUCAUCGUCUUCUAACAACCAGAGCUCGUCUUCCAGUCAAGGCUCUUCGGCCUCAACAGAAACUUCCAAUAGCCAAGGAUCGACAACUUCGAGCCAGGGCUCUUCGUCCAACCAGACCUCUGCUUCAUCUACAGAGUCCAGCACUCAAGGAUCAUCCUCUAACCAGAGCUCUUCAGAGUCGUCAUCUACGUCCAGCCAAAACUCCACCGAAGGAUCAACAACAACUCAGAAACCCUUCAAACCUGCUGAAAAGUGCGAAAGUGAGGAAACAUUCCUUGCGGACAAGGAAAAUUGCGCCAAAUUCUAUCGCUGCGUGGACAAUGGCAAGGGAGGAUUCACGAUGGUGUCCUUCACCUGUCCGCCCAACACCCUCUGGGACCCGGAGGCCAACAGCUGCAACCAUCCCGAUCAAAUUCAAAGCCAGCCGAUGAAAUGCAAAAAGGUCACAGGCUCGACAUCAUCCAAUAGCACAAGUUCCUCUUCAUCUUCAACAACGGGAGGCACCUCGUCCAGCCAGGGCUCAUCCUCUACCGGUGGCUCAUCCUCUACUGGUGGCUCAUCCUCUACUGGUGGCUCAUCCUCUACCGGUGGCUCCUCAUCAAGUGGCAGCAACGAAUCAUCCACCUCAUCAUCCACAACCUCAUCAUCAACAACCUCUUCAUCCACUAGUAAUAACAACAGUACUCAGGGGUCGUCCUCAAGCAGCUCAAGUCAAGGAUCAAGCAGUAGCGGCAGCUCUUCGGGACCUUCGUCUAGUGUGAUCAUUAGCCCUCCCCCAUCGAAUCCCUCAGAGCCAUGCACAGAAAAUGGACAGUUUAUUGGCGAUCGGACAAACUGUGCAAAGUUCUAUCGGUGCGUGGAUAACGACAGAGGCGGCUUCACCAUGGUGCCCUUCACUUGCGGUCCCGGCACGGUGUGGGAUGCUCAAAUCCAGGGCUGUAACCAUGCCUGGGCAGUCAAGGGAUGCGGCGGCUCCACCUCAACUUCUACAGCCCGACCUUCGACAUCUCGACCAACAUCAAGCACAACAACCACAUCGCGACCUGUCACAAUCAUAUCGCGACCGUCCACCACAACGGCAUCAUCGCGACCCACGACAUCUCGACCAUCUUCAACCACAGCAUCCACAGCGCGACCCACUUCGACAAGUGCCCCCAACACCGAUGGACAGUGCAGGUCCGAGGGAUUCAUGGCCGAUCCCAACAACUGCUCCAAGUUCUAUCGCUGUGUGAGCAAUGGCAGAGGUGGCUUCACCCAGAUUCCCUUCCAAUGCGGAGCCGGAACUGUGUGGGACCAGGACCUGCAAACAUGCAACCACAACUUCAACAAUUGCAACACUACCAUCAACACAACAGAAGCACCAGGAAAGCCACCAUGUGAGACGACGACAAACAACUCAACGACGACCCCAUCGACGACCACAGUGACCUCAACUACACCCUCCACAACCGUCACAACUACGCCGGUGACCACAACGGAAAUCCCAACAACAACAACGAGUGUUACCCCGCCUAGCACCACCACAGAGGUGCCCAGCACAACGGGAUCGGGAUCGACUGGCAGCACGGAAACCACUGAGCCUGUAACUUAUACCACGACUACGAUGAAGCCACUGCCAGCUGGCACGGAAUGUAAGGGCGAGGGCUAUAUGGCUGAUCCCGAGGACUGCCGAAAGUACUACCGUUGCAUAAACGCUGGAAGCUCCUACAGAAGGUACAACUUCACAUGCCCCAAGGGCACGGGAUGGAACGAAGAUGUCCAGACCUGUGACUACAUGGCGAAUAUACCGAGGUGCUCCAGCACAACAGAGCCACCCACCACCACGACAACAAUCUACACAUCCACUACACCCGCGCAGACGGAGAGUACGGUGACGGAAGACUCUAAAGGACCAGAGAGCACAACGCCAGAAACAACCACAGUAACGGACAAGCCCACCACAAAGCCGACACCAGAAACAACCACAAAACCAACGCCAGAAACAACCACAGUAACUGACAAGCCCACCACAGAACCAACACAGGAACCCGUCACAAAGCCAACGCCAGAAACAAGCACAGAAAAACCCAGUGAAGAUACUACAACAUCUAGUCCAGGCUAUAGACCCACCUCUACAACGGAGGACCCAACGACCCCAACGACUACUGCAGGGCCCACCGAAACAACCACCAACAUUCCAGAACCAGAACCAGAAUCGAACUACAACUGCACCGCCGAGGGCUUCUUCGCCGAUCCCGAAGACUGCAGCCACUACUAUCGCUGCGUGGACGGCAGCAAGAAUGGCAAAUAUCAGGUGUACAGCUUCAAGUGCCCCAAGGGUACGGUGUGGGAUACGUCCGCACAGACCUGCAACUACGCGGAUCAGGUAUCGGGAAAUUGCUCCAGCUCCACUACGGACUCACCCACGACAACUGGCAGACCGACUGAAACAACAGCGAAGCCGGAGGAGACCACCGAAUCGAGCACUACAAGACCCAGCGAAGCAACGACCACUACAGGACCCAACGAAACGACGACCAGCGAAGAGACAACCACUACAAGACCCACCGAAGAGACAACCACUACAAGACCCACCGAAGAGACAACCACUACAGGACCCAACGAAACGACGACCAAGAGUCCAAAGCCAGAAACCACGACGUCCCCAAUGGACACAACAACUGAUAGCACCAUAGAUACCACAACUACUUCAUCUGCCCCACCAACACCAAGCUCGAAUGGAACUGAGCCAUGUCCGAGCAAGGGGCCAGGGCAGAACGUGUACGUUUGCCCCACCGGCUUCCGCAGCCAUCCGGAGACCUGCGGCAUGUUCUACCAGUGCAGCGAGAGCGCGGACAGCAACGACCUGAACAUUGUGGUGUUCCAGUGCCCCAAUGGCACGGUGUACCAGGACAAGUCCUGCAGCUGUGGCAAGCCCGAGGCGGGCGAUAAAUGCAGCAAGGGCCAGAAGAGGACUAACCCCAACCUGUUCGAGGACGAAACGCGGCGCCAAAACAUGGUGCAAAUAAGCUCCACAGCUCCACUUUGCCCCGGCGAGGGACACUUUGCCCUGAACGAGGACGAGUGCAGUCAGCUGUUCAUCAAGUGCGGAUACUCGGAGCAGACGGGCCGCGUCGAGGGCCAAAUCUACCGCUGUCCGCAGGGCUUCGCCUACUGGAAUGUGAGUCGCCGCUGCGAGCCGGCCAGGAAGCUGAUGAACUGCACCCCGACCACCUACAACGUGGCCGGCAACGUGCCGCUGGAGUGGCUCAACAUCGGCCACAGGCGUCGCAGUCUGCGUAUUUAAGUAGAACUAGUUUAGUUUUUCUAAAGCGAUCCGCGCUUGCUGUGCCAGCGUCAACGAGUUCAAGCAGUUCAAGCUGUUCAAGCAGUUCAAGCAGAGCGGUCAGCUGGCGCAGCAAAUGAUCGGAUCGAUUGGUCAGAAGUGUUAGGUUAAGUCGUAGGAAAAUUACAGUACUUUAAGCUGGGAUUAAUACAAAUAUCUGGUGUCGGUAUCGUAUCGUUAGUGAUUGGCCAAAUCACACAGUUGUGAACUUAAAUUUACAUUUAUGUAGGCUCAAUAAAAUAUUUUUUUUAGUUUUCUUCCUACAGUUAAAAAUACGUUCAGAAAGCCAUAUACAUAAUACAUACAUAUAUCUAAGCUAUGCUUAAAGUUUAUAAUAAAAUUUACAGAACAUACA